AUGGGACAAUAACUCUCGACGCCAUAGCCAAAACCAGGGAAAAGAGGGAGGAGUUUUUCGCAAGUUUCGUCUAUUCAUAAUUUCGAGAUUUAGGGGUUCUAUAGGAGCAAAAUGGUAGUGGUAAUGGCUUGGAAUGGUUAUAUGCUUCCUCCUCAGACGGAAGGUAUAGUUACAGCUCCUACACGGCGGUUUGUCGGUCGCCGGAAACUCUGUUUCGACGGAAUUUCCUCCGUCUGUUCUUCGUCCGACACGCAUCAUGACGAUGGCUCCAUUUCGCCUCGUCCUCGCCUUUUCACCAAAACAGUUGGUGAAAAAGCAUUUAAAGAGUUGGGAGAGGUUACAAGGGGGUUUCCUACAACACGCAGAAUGCUGUUAACAAGUUUAUUGAUGCCAUUAUAUUUUCCCCCUUCAAGGUACUCAUCAGCUUAUGCUUUAGGAGACCCGUCUGUGACAAUUGAACAAGUAACACCUGUUGUUAUUCCUUCGGGGGCACUUUUUCCACCCGAGGAAAGAAUCGUCAAGCUAUUUGAGAACAACACUUACUCUGUUGUGAAUAUAUUUGAUGUAACUCUACGGCCUCAACUUAACAUUACGGGGGCGGUUGAGAUUCCUGAAGGAAAUGGUUCUGGAGUUGUUUGGGAUGAAGAAGGGCACAUUGUCACAAAUUACCAUGUUAUCGGCAAUUCUCUAUCAAGGAAUCCAAAACUCGGAGAAGUUGUUGCACGUGUUAAUAUUCUUGCCUCAGAAGGGGUACAAAAGAAUUUUGAAGGCAAGUUAAUUGGUGCGGAUCGCUCCAAGGACCUUGCUGUCCUAAAGGUGGAAGCACCCACUGAGCUGUUGCGGCCGAUGAAUGUGGGUCAAUCUUCUAUCUUAAGAGUUGGACAGCAGUGUUUAGCCAUUGGAAAUCCAUUUGGGUUUGACCACACACUCACGGUAGGGGUUAUUAGUGGUCUCAACCGAGACAUAUUUAGUCAAACUGGAGUCACGAUCGGUGGAGGAAUUCAAACAGAUGCUGCUAUCAACCCUGGAAACAGUGGAGGCCCUUUGCUGGAUUCUAAAGGAAAUUUAAUUGGGAUCAACACUGCAAUAUUCACUCAAACAGGGACAUCAGCGGGUGUCGGAUUUGCCAUCCCUUCCUCAACGGUGGUCAAGAUAGUACCUCAGUUGAUUCAGUUUGGGAAAGUUGUUCGGGCUGGUUUGAAUAUCGAGAUUGCUCCUGAUCUCGUUGCAAAUCAACUUAACGUCCGAAAUGGAGCUCUCGUUCUGCAGGUUCCGGCAAAUAGUCAGGCAGCAAGAGUCGGUCUUAUUCCCACCACCAGGGGAUUUGCUGGUAAUAUUGUUCUCGGUGACACCAUUGUAGCAGUCAACAACAAGCCCGUUAGGAAUAAAGCAGAGUUUUUAAAAACAUUAGAUGAUUACAGUGUGGGAGACAAGGUUCAAUUAAAGUUGCAAAGGGGUAAUGAGACCUUGGAGAUGCUUAUUGCUUUAGAGGAGACGACUUCAUGAGAACAUAUUCCACAACUACCCUUUUGAUGCAUUUGGUUUUGUAUAUUGGAUUAAAAAUCACAUUUACAACUUCUUAUAAUAUUGUUUUGUAAAUUCUAUGGCUAAAUGUAUGAAAUAACAGUCUGUUUUCAUUACUUUUUUUAUU